AUGGUUGAUGGUUGCUACAGACCUAUCAGAAUGGAGACUUGUCAGGUGAAUGGCCAGGGGGAGCCAGCCCAGGGUCAGGGUCAGGUGGACUUGACAGAGGACCUGAGCAAGCAGCUAGAGGACAUUAUCAGUACCUACCAGGAGGCCAGUGAGGAGCCCACGGAGCAGGAGGAGGUGGAAGAGGAGGCGCUGAAGGAGCAGGUCACGAAGAAGAGCUCUGCCAAGGACCAGAAACUGGAGAAGAAGAUGCUCAAAAGCCUUGGUAAAGAGGCCAUGCUAUUGAUGCAGAGUUUGAACAAGCUCGGCACGCCAGAGCAGAAACUGGAGGCCAUCAUCAAGAAACAUGCUGAGCUGCUGGAUGAGCACCGGGGUGACCAGAAGCAGCUGAAGUGUCUGCAGAAGAAGCUUCUCCAGGUGAUGAAAGAGAAGGACCAGCUCCAGAGUGAACACAGCAGGGCUGUUCUGGCCCGCAGCAAGUUGGAGUCCCUGUGUAGGGAGCUGCAGAGACACAACAAGACCCUCAAGGAGGAGACCCUCCAGAGGUGUAGGGAGGACGACCUGAAGAGGAAGGACAUCACCACUCACUUCCAGAGCACGCUAACGGACAUCCAGGUCCAGAUCGAGGAGCACAGUACCCGCAACACCAAGCUGUGUCAGGAGAACAGCGACCUGGCAGAGAAACUCAAGAGCCUCAUCUCCCAGUACGACGCAAGAGAGGCGAACCUGGAAAAGGUGUUCAAACAUAGAGACCUGCAGCAGAAGUUGUUGGAAACCAAACUUGAACAGGCAAACAUGAUCAUUGCUGCGGGAGAAGAGAAGCACAAGCGAGAGAAAGACCACUUGAUAAAUAAGGCUGCACGGUCGCAGGUGAAGGUGCAGAUUCUGAAAGAACAAGAGGAAGGGAUGCAGGCCCAGAUUUCCAUGUACUCUGAAAAGUUUGAUCAAAUCCAGGGGACUGUGUCAAAGAGCAAUGGAGUGUACGCCAGCUUCAGACAGGACAUGGAGAAGAUGUCCAAGAAGAUGAGGAAGCUGGAGAAAGAGUCUAUCCAAUGGAAAAGCCGUUUCGAGGGCUGCAACAAGGCUCUUAUCGAUAUGCUCACAGACAAAACCUUGAAGGAGAAGGAGUUUGAGCUGUUCACCUUGAAGACUCAGAAGCUGGAGAAACUGUGCCGGGCACUGCAGGAGGAGAGGAACAGUCUCUCUCAUAAGCUCCAGGAAGCCAAUCCAGCGGCUGCCACCAGUGUAGCGGAGACAAAAGAGAAGGAGAAUCCAGAGGUACCUGCUACUGAAAAGCCCAGUGAGACACCCUCUGAAAAACCCAGGGCUACUGAAACCUCUGUUCCUAUAGAGACCCCCGCAGUCGUAACUCCUGCUACUGAAAAUCCCGCUCCUGCAACCCCCCUGACCAGAGAGCUGGCUGACCUGAAGGCCCAGAAGGCCCGUCUACAGGAGAUUCAAAUGUCCUUCACCCUUUCCAACGUCGUGCCGCCUGAGUUCUUUGACAACGAGGAAGAGGAGGAGACCACCACAGAGCCACAUGGACAAACUGAGGCCCCAGAGGCCAGUAACGAGGCAACCAAGGCCCCAGAGAAGAAUCACAUAGAGGGGUGUAACGGAGACAAGACGACAGAGGAGACCACCAGUCCAUCUUCUUCUGCCGUAGCAGCUGAAGAAGACGAAGCCCAGGAGCAGAGAGAUAGGGAUAUGGAGUCAGUUGACUAGACUGACUAAAUUAAAGCCCAGUCUUUCAGGCACUGAUGAUGCAGCUUCUAGCCAACAUAGAUUAAAUGAUUAUUAUUGUACGUGAUUACCAAAUAUGUUUACAUACAAUAAAAUACAUUGAUUAUUAUUCACCA